AUGACAGCUACACCUUGUAAGCAUCAACAAUCGCCUGAUAGAACACCAAAAAAACCAUUCAAAACCUCCAAAAUUCGAAGGCACAUCGAAAAGACGUAUAAUGACUUACUUGAAUGUCCCGAUCGGCGAGAGAGAAAGGAAGAGGAUUCACGUGAGCCAUCUGAGCGGUCAACUGAGCCUUUCCGAACGGCAACCCCGGUGUCAACGUUGACUGACCGAACGGGGAAGAUUGUGCUUGCACGGCACCGAAUGAAGUCGAAAAUCCAAAACCACCGGAGCUUUGUUGUGGCUGAAACAAAGGAGUUUGUUGCUGUUGCUAUUGGCGUUGGGAUUGUUGGGAGAAUGGGGUUGAGAACAGUGGUGUACCGAAGCCGGUGGCGAAUGAAGGCGCGGAUAGAGUGCCGAAGGCGGGGUGGAGGAUGGGGUGCCGAAAGCAAGGGUGGACUGAGCUCCGAACAUUGUUGUUUUCUAGUACCCGCUCACAGAGAGGUAGAGAGUUCAGAGAGACCUGGGGAAUUGGGAAUUGGGAAUUGGGAUUUGGGAUUUGGAACCCUAGGUUAG